ACGGUGGGACUGGCCCGGUGGAGCGGCGAGAGGCGGGCGUGCCGCAGGUGUAUCGGCGCAUCAGCUCGUCCGCAGCCCGAGUGUUUAGCAUUCCGGCCCCGAGCGGCGGCGCCGGGCGGCGCAUGCGCCUGCUAUUGAGCGUGCAUCAAUGCGCUAGAGCAGCCCCAGAGAGAGAUCCGAGGGCAGCCUUUUAAAUGGUCGCGGAAAUGGAUGGAGCCGAUCGGAAAAGAAGUAACUGCACCAAGCCGAACUCCACGGCGAGGGAGGCGAUGGUGAAAGAUGGCAACAACAAGCGCGACCCCGUCCCGGAGAGAGUGACGCUUAAAAAAGAAAUUGGAUUACUGAGCGCCUGUGCCAUUAUCAUAGGUAACAUCAUUGGUUCUGGAAUUUUCAUCUCCCCGAAAGGAGUUCUGGAGCACUCGGGCUCCGUUGGGCUGGCUCUCAUCAUGUGGGUGCUGGGAGGAGGGAUCGCAGCUCUGGGUUCCCUGUGCUACGCAGAACUAGGAGUAACAAUUCCCAAAUCAGGAGGCGACUACUCUUACGUGACAGAAAUAUUCGGAGGCCUAGUAGGGUUUCUGCUGCUGUGGAGUGCAGUGCUGAUAAUGUACCCCACCACCCUGGCAGUCAUAGCUCUCACGUUCUCCAGCUACGUCCUGCAGCCUGUCUUCCCUGACUGCCUUCCUCCUUACACCGCCACCAGAGCCCUGUCCACCACCUGCCUCUUGUUCCUGACCUGGGUGAACUGCUCCAGUGUGCGCUGGGCUACUAGGAUCCAGGACAUCUUCACUGUGGGCAAGUUGCUGGCUCUGGGCCUCAUCAUCACAGUAGGUCUGGUGCAGAUCUGUAAAGGGCACUACGACAGCCUGACGCCACAGGCAGCGUUUGACUUCUGGAAGACGCCUUCAGUCGGACAGGUGGCGCUGGCCUUCCUGCAGGCCUCCUUCGCCUUCAGCGGCUGGAACUUCCUCAACUACGUGACGGAGGAGGUCGUGGAGCCGCGGCGGAAUCUACCUCGUGCCAUUUACAUUUCCAUCCCAUUGGUGACCUUUGUGUACACAUUCACCAACAUCGCCUACUUCACCGCCAUGUCACCCGAGGAGCUCUUGUCUUCCAAUGCAGUGGCUGUUACCUUUGGGGAAAAGCUCCUCGGAAUGUUUAGCUCCAUCAUGCCUAUCUCGGUGGCUUUGUCUACAUUUGGAGGGAUUAACGGCUAUCUCUUCACUUCCUCCAGGUUAUGCUUCUCAGGAGCCCGAGAGGGACACCUGCCCAGUCUGCUCGCCAUGAUCCACUUCAAGCAGUGCACGCCCAUCCCCGCUCUCCUGGUCUGCUGUGCUGCAACCAUUGUGAUCCUGUGCAUUGGAGAGACACAGACACUCAUCAACUAUGUCUCCUUCAUCAACUACCUCUCCUAUGGUGUUACCAUUGCAGGGCUGCUGUUCUUCCGGUGGAAGAAACCUCAACUCCACAGGCCCAUCAAGGUGAAUCUGAUCGUUCCAGUUCUCUACCUGAUAUUCUGGGCCUUCCUGCUGGUGUUCAGCAUGUACUCAGAACCAGUGGUGUGUGGCAUCGGGCUGAUCAUCAUUCUGACAGGGGUGCCUGUCUAUUUCCUGGGAGUGCACUGGAAAAAGAAGCCAAAGUGUUUAGACAGCUUCAUAGAAUCUGCCACGUAUGUAGGACAGAAGCUGUGUUUUGUCGUCUUCCCCCAGAUCGAUCCCAUGCAGGACGAGGCAAUGCCCAAGUAGACUGAUAAAAGUGAAGCAUGUGGCAUUGUGCCCGGGACAUCUGUCGUGAUUCUUCAAAGUGUAAACAAUGUUUACAGUGGCAAGCCUAGACUCAACACGCUCCAUGUCCAAUAUCCAUCUCAAACCAGGGUUUUGGUUCUGCACAACUAAGGGAGACUUAUUGGUUUUAAGAAACUGGGCCUCUUGCAUAUUUUACUGUGUGCUUGUCUAUAAGAAACACCAAGCUAAUACCAACAGUACCACAGUGUGACAUGAACUGCUCUUUUCCCUAUGGAGCUUGAGGUAUUUAAUGUUUCUUUUUAUCUUAACUAUUGAAAUUUUGGCAAGUGGAUUUUUAAGGACUCUAAACAGAAUAUUUUAUUUGAUUGUGCCUUAUUGGAAAAAAGUGAAAUAGCAUUUUGUCCACAGUAUAAAUAAUUCCUUAUUAACAAUAAUCUUGGCCACACCAUAUCUUUAUAAGAUGAGAUGAUGUUCAGUACACUUAUCAUUAUCAUCUUUCUGAAUUUUUCCUUCAUAGUGUCAGGUCUGUGAGCUCCUAUCUGACGCUUCAACAUCUAAAUCCCUGCUUCCUUUCCCAACGUGCCCUUUCAACAGGAUGGAUAAUGUACGUCACGUUUCCACACUCUUCCUCAAACCCCUGCUACUCUUACCAUGGCAAAAUGCUAACUCCCAGAAGCCUCUUGCUUUCCUCCUAUCAUUUAACUGGUGUACUGCAUCCACUACGGCUGCACUGUGAGUUGUGCUGAUUAUCGCAGGCUGGCAAUACAAAAUCUAUCUGUUAAUGAGAAUGAGGAGGAGUUUUCACACACAGAAAACCAGAUCUCUCCAGUUUAGGCCUGAAAUAAAACCUUCAGCCCAUUGAUCGACAGUAUCCUUCCACUGGGUAGGUACAGGGGGUUCUCAGACAAAUGGAGUCCCACCCCCAGACAAGUUUGAAACUUGCAGAUUGCAAGUGAGACUCCAGCCUCAUUCAUUUCACCAAAAGCCAUUUUUCAUGCAGGAGAAUUUGCCAGUUUGUAAAAACAAUACAUUCCAGUACCACCAAUUAAGAAGCUAUUGUUCUUUUUCUAAAACAACACUCAGUUUCACAAUGAACAGUGAUCAUUCAUUCCUAAUUUAGGGGAAAUCUGAAGUGCCCUGGGUUUUGUGAGGGAAAAAUAUUUUGUCGUCUGUAUGAAUGAGUGUUAGAAUUGGCAACACUGGGAUUUUAAUGUUACAGCUGGUUGCACCUUGUUUUAAAUAGCUGAACAGACUUGAGGAUGCCUUGGUUUAGAUUUAAGUUUGGUAAGAUUUAAUAUAACACCCUUAAAAACUGAAAUAACACUUAAGGGGAAACCUGAGGUGCCUUCAGGCAGCUACUGUACGAUGAAAACAAUUCAGUUUUUUGCUUCAUGACAUUAAAACAAAUAAAAAGUGUUUUUCUUUUAUAACAGCAACAUUUAAAAAGCAUAACCAAAUUACCUGCUGUAAGUACUGUGAUUUCCAUGAAGAAAUUUGAAAAUAUGUUUUUUGAACAGGGACGUGAGCAAGGAAUGGGUUACAACCCUCUGUUGUCCUAAAUGCUGAUAAAGUAGUUACCUGAAGUCCCAAAUCCUUGUCUUUCAUCUCCAAGUUCAUUGACCGCACAGGUAGAGGAACAGGCUAUUUGUGCACUGGCAGCAUUUCACAACACCCUCGACUAAAUCUGUAACCUUGUUUUAGGACUAUGCAGUUUUGAACUCCAAAGUAUUGGAGGUAUUCUUGAAUUGAAGAUGUUAUACACUGUAAAUUAUUUGUAAAGCAUCAGUUAUUACAAUGGGUUACAUUCUUGAAAUGUUAACUUAUGCAGUCUACGUUUUGUUUUAUAAAGAUGAAACUUAACAAUAUAUAGUGUAAUAAAUUUAAUACUG